AUGAAUGAGAAGCCGUUUCUAUGUGGACCACUGCUGCUGCUGUACAUCUGGCUCCUCUGUGCUCAGUCAGUGUCCAGCGGCAACCGAAGCUCGAGGGGCCAGCCAGGUCAGUCUGGAGUGACUCCGGGGACGUGUGAGGUGGUCGCUGCUCGUCGCUGCUGUAAUAAGAACAAGAUCGAGGAGAGGUCACAGACGGUGAAGUGCUCGUGCCUGUCUGGACAGGUGGCAGGGACGACCCAUGCCCGGCCUUCCUGUGUGGAUGCCUCUAUAGUGCGGCUGAAGUGGUGGUGUCAGAUGGAGCCGUGUUUGGAGGGUGAGGAGUGUAAAGUUCUUCCUGACCUCACUGGCUGGUCCUGCAGCUCGGGCAACAAAGUCAAAACCACUAAGGUGGCACGGUAGCAAGAUGAAGACCACAGAUGUUGAAAAG